AGCCGCGACGCCAUUUCCUCCGGCCGAGCGUGAGUGGAGGCAGGUCUGGGAAGAGCUGGGGCUUCAGACGCUCCCGCGCACGCGAGCUGUCCCUCCGCCGCUGCUGGGUUACGCGUGGUCGCGUGCUUGGUCGCUCGCGCCUCUUGGACAGGCCGCCGUUUCCGCCGUUCCGCGAGUGAAGAGCAGACACGCCGCGAGGCCGCCGCUGCCGCAACCGCCAUGCCCAAGAAUAAAGGUAAAGGUGGUAAAAAUAGACGCAGAGGUAAGAAUGAGAAUGAGUCUGAAAAAAGAGAACUAGUGUUCAAAGAGGAUGGACAAGAGUAUGCUCAAGUAAUCAAAAUGUUGGGAAAUGGACGACUAGAGGCCAUGUGUUUUGAUGGCGUAAAGAGGUUAUGCCAUAUCAGAGGGAAACUGAGGAAAAAGGUUUGGAUAAAUACAUCAGACAUUAUAUUGGUCGGCUUACGAGACUACCAGGAUAAUAAAGCGGAUGUCAUUUUAAAAUACAAUGCAGAUGAAGCCAGAAGCCUGAAAGCAUAUGGCGAACUUCCAGAACAUGCUAAAAUCAAUGAAACUGAUACCUUUGGUCCUGGAGAUGAUGAUGAAAUUCAGUUUGAUGACAUUGGGGAUGAUGAUGAAGACAUUGAUGAUAUCUAAACUGAACUCAACAUAGUACAUUCCAACUCUUUUGAGGACUGUUUAACAAUUUGGCUUUUGGUUGUGACCUGUUAGAAAAGAUUCAAGUUUUAUUAGUUUGAUUCCAAUUUGGUCAAGCAGACUGGUUAGUUUGUAAGGUAUUUGUGUUUCUUUCAAAGUUGAUAGUGCUAAAUUCUAUUAAUGAAAUGUUAAACCCACUUUGUUCUUUUAAUGUAAACUCACUUUGAACCUUAUGGGUAAAAGACCACAUGUACUAUUUGAAAAAGAUUCUUUUAAAAAAUGUAUUACUGCCUUUCCAACUUUGGCCACUUAUAUUAAGUAAAUGGAUGUAUUGAAUAAACCGUUUUCCCAAUGCUCGUGAUGGAUUAUGAUGAAAUCCUAGUUUGAAUUAGCCUGUUACUUUCUGUGUAUUAUAAUGAUUAAAGUUUCCUUUAGAUCUUGAUUUUAAGAGUCAGAAGUCAACAUUUGAUGUAAAACAACGAUUAGGUCUCUUUUUCAUAAUUAAGUAGCAUGUGACUAUUUUUAUACUAAUUUUGAUAUCAUUCUUUUCAUGGCCUUAUUUUUCACUAUAAAAUGACUGGAAAGCAUUAUCAAAAUGCAGAUUUUAGAACUUGGGUUUUAAUAAGCAGUUUUGAAUUUAUAAGGCUGGUAGUUGCAGGAGUGGGACACCAGGGGGCACUCUUAUCAUUGGAAAUAAUUGAUCGAUUUUUAUUUACAGUUUUCAUAGGAAAUUUCCCCAACAUUUAAAAAAACAUUUGAUCAUGUGCAUGUAUGUAGGAUAUUUUUACAGAACAAAAAGAUUCUUAAAAGUGUCAUUUUCAUAAGUCAUACAUGUAAGCUACAGGGUUUUUUUGUUUGUUUUGGGUGGGUUUUUUUUUUUUUUUUUGAAUCAUCAUGAGAUAACAGUUAAAAAGCUUUUAUGUUUGAGUUUCAGUCAUAACAAUGAUCGAACACCCAUCCCUCCACCAGUGCACAGUUUCCACCAUCAGUGUCCGCGGUAUCUCCCCCAUCCCACCCCCCACUCUGCCUCUGUGGCAGACAAUUUCCCCCAUUCUCUCUACUUUGGGGCAUUAUGGUUUGCAAUACAGAUACCGGGAGACCAUCGAGUUUGGUCCUUUAUCUACUUUCAGCACACAUCUCCCAUCCCAAAUGAUCCCUUCAACCACCAUUGACUUAGUGAUCGCUUCUCUGUUCCAGCUGCCUUCUCCACCAGCUCAUAAGGCAGACUACUAACUGUGGAGCAAUAUUCCUGUCCCUCUCUCUACUGUCCUUGGGUGUCAGUCUCAUGUUAUUUUAUAUUCCACUAAUGAGUGCAGUCAUUCUAUGUCUGUUCCUCUCUUUCUGACACAUUUCACUUGUAAGCUACAACUUUGAGUGGUUUAUAAACAGUGAAAUCUUAUAUAAAUGAAAAUUAAAUUUCCUAACAACUUGUACAAAUUAAGCCUUUUCCUCAAACUAUCCAUAAGUUUGGGAAAGAGGUGGGACUGAUGACUUAAUUAUAAGACGACUGAAUGAGCUAUAUUUAAGAAACAAUAAAGACAACGUGAUGCUGGAGAACAUAUUAUACCCUUAAGUUGUGUGCUAGGAUGUACUUUGUACAGAUUUUCUUUCCUCUGUGUUUUUUAUUCAGAAUUUAGAUUCACACUUUUUUUUAAUCAGUUUUAGCAAGAUGAAAUUUAAGGGCUUAGACUAGUUAGAUAGUACUAGUCACAUUAAAAUCACACAAAACUGUAAGUGGAGAGGCACAUUAUAUAACUUGUGGAGCUUCCAUUCUGUUCAUCUGCAAAGAACUUUUCAGUAAUGAAAAGUAAUGCAAAGGGGAAUACACCUUGUGACUUCAGACAACAAGCAAAUCUUUUUUGAUCUAAGUAUAACUUCCUUAAGUGUGCAAACUAAAAUCAAACCCUAAGAUACUAGGAAAUAUGCGUAUAUAAUUGCAGUUCAUGUUUUUUUUUAUUUUAUGGAGUUCAUGAACACACAGUUGAGAAUGCACCCAAGACACAUGGGCUUGUGAUGCUUCUAAGAAACCAGCCUUGAAGGAUUGACUAUUAGUGAUUGUUUUCAUCAGUUAUCUAAAACUCCGAGGCUUCUGUACUUUAAAGUGUUCUACUAAAUUUACAGUGUAUUUGGAACCUUCGUUUUACUAUACCAAGAACAUUAUUACUCUGCAUCUACAGAUGGUUCAUAAUAAGAAUAAUAAAACUCAAACAUGAGGUUUUCUGCUUCUCUAAAAAAACAUGGUUUGUCUAAAGAUCCUUUUAGAAUUUCAACCAUAGCCCAAAUUCAUUUUCUUGCCACUGUUAUUUUUAUUUGUUAUAUAGUAACAGCCCGUUGCAGUACUAUUGUAUCCUAGAAAAUCUCAAAUCAUAAAGAUUCAAAUAGUUGCAGUGAAAUUGUAGAUCAUAUUAAUAUUACUUGGAGGGUUUUAUUAACAUUGCUUUAAUGUGGAAAAGGAAUAGUUUCAUUAACUUGGUUGUAUUUCAAAUGAGAUUGUGGUCCUUGAGAAAUUUUUAUUUGGGGGACUUUUGGAUUAUUGAGUAUAAAAUGUAUUAUAAAGGUAAUUUUAAGAGCAUAUAAAAAGACUUGCCAAGAUUUUGUUGUCUGUUGAACCUUGACUAUCCAGCCUCUAAAGAAACCACCUCUUAGGUGCCUGUAAGCAAUGCAUGAUGAAAAUUCUUGUAUUUUAUUACGGAAUUGCCAUCGGUUUACUCUAUAUACCUAUUGAGUCAUGGCUAUAAGUAGAGUUGCUUCCAAAACUACUUGUGACUUGUAGUUUAACUUAAUCUCAUCUGUAUUGUGUAAAUACUAAAUUAUAGGAUGUUAACAUCUUUAAUAGAUAUGAACUGUCAGCAAUGGCAGCAAUUGAUUAAUUAAUGAAAUAGGUAAAAGCAUGUUCAAAUAAGAUGUCUAGUUGAAUUUAUACUUUAUUUGUAUUGUGUACAGAUUUAACAACAACCAGUGUUAACUGUGAUUUGACAGUUAAAGAUCAAAAUAGAAGUGAGGUCUUAGGGUGUCCUCACUCAAAGACUAAAAUGAUUUGAAUUGAUGUCAGAUGUUUACAUCUUUGACCUGCUUAGUCAGGGAAAUUUUCUUUUAUACAUUUGAACUUAUUUUAAUGUGCCAUUCUUUUUAUUUACCUUCAACUACCAUCCUUUAAUCCUUGCUCCAUCCCCCUAUCCAAAAGUAAAAAGUAUCUGAAUUAGGUCAUAACUAUAAAUGUGAGCGGACUUUAGACUCUCAUCGAGUAAAGUGAGAAAUUUGGGACGUACAUAGGAUUAUGUAUAUUCUCUUUUCCCCCGGCUUCCAGGUACUGAGAGAAGCAGUGUGAUCAUGGAGGGUGAGAAGUGUAGUCCCUGGAGACAGAUGGUCUGUGCCCCUGUCGCACUGUGCCUUUCACUGCCAGGCACAGGCCCCUUCUGCUUGGCUGAGCUUUAGGCAGCUCAUCUGUCGGGGCGGGUGGGGGGAACAGUACCUGCAGAGUGGUUGGCCCGUCGUCUCUGUGUUUAUCAUGGAAUGAGGGAAGAACAGUGUCUGCCGCUUUUCACUAGAUUCCAGGGACUGUGAAAUUGAAUGUGCAUGUCUUACGUCUCUUUACUUUUUCUCUUUCUUGCAGUCUUCGGUUCCUAUAAUAAAAGAAAUGUGUGAAAUAUAUUUUUUGUAUGUUCAUCUCAACACAAGAUUUAGAAUAACUACCGCCACCCUCACUUAAAUCAGAAUAAGAUUUAAUCAAGACUCUCAGUUGCUUGAGGAUGUUAAGUCUGUAAUGAGUCCUAUUACAUGCUUUAAUUGUAGAUUCAUGGCAGUAUUGAGUGAAAAUGGAGGUUUGUUUUCUUCCUCAUCUUUUGGAAUGAUGUAAAGAAAUCUCAUGCAAACUCACAAUUAGUCAAUAAAAUAUGAAAUAGCCUUA